UUCUAUUCCGCUCUCUCCCCCCUCAUCUCCGCCGUCCUCACCUCGCGACAUCGCACGCGCGCCUCCUCCCGCGACGGCGACUCCCGCGGCGACGCCCUAGGGUUAGGGUUCCGGCGGGUUCCGCGCCCCGGGGAUCGCGUGGGAGAUCCGUCCAUGUCGUCCGACCCCUCGCCCCACCUCCCCGCGCCGGUGGCCCCGCCGGGCGCGGCGGAGGUGGAUCCCCAGUCCCAGCCGGCCGCGCCGCCCGCCGAGGCGCCGGAGGUGAUGCACCGGACGAGAGCCGUCGACUUCCUCGGACGCCGCACGCCCAUCGUCUACCAGAACGACAACGGCCCCUGCCCGCUCCUCGCCAUCUGUAACGUGCUGCUGCUGAAGAAUGUGAUCAGCCUGAACCCGGACGCCAGCGAGGUGUCGCAGCAGAAGUUGCUAUCGCUUGUCGCCGAACGCCUCAUUGAUUCCAACAGCGCCGUACAGGACAAGGACGAGGAGUACGUCCGCAACCGGGAGCAGAACAUCGCGGAUGCCAUCGACCUUCUCCCGCGCCUCACGACAGGCAUUGACGUGAAUGUUAUGUUCAGGAAGAUUGAUGACUUUGAGUUCACCCGAGAGCGUGCCAUAUUUGAUCUUCUGGAUAUCCCACUAUACCAUGGAUGGAUAGUGGACCCUCAGGAUACUGAAACUGCUACUGCUAUUGGAUCGAAGUCCUACAAUGCUCUUGCUUCUGGGCUCGCUGAAUUCAAGUCAGGGAAACCAACAGAAGAGGGUAAACAUAUGGAGGAAGAACCUGUCGAUUUUGCUGCUGCGACUACUGCAGCAUUAAAGAUUCCUUCACCCAGUGUUUCUCAAGGGAUAUCAUUUGAUGAACAUACACUCCCAGACUCAGCUGAACCACAAAUAAGGCGAGGUGACCGUGAGGAAGAAGAGGAACUGAUGAGGGUCCUUAAUCUAUCCAAAGCUGAAACUAUAGCUGCAGUUGAUGGAUCUGUUUCUUUUGACACUUUGCAUAGUCAUUCAUCCUCCAACGUGGAGGAAACACCACAGAGUGAGAGUUUUCAGUCAGAGGCACCUGAGGUGGUGGGGUUAACAAAAGAAGAGGAACAUGGUAGUCAUGCUGUGAGUGAUGAUGGUUCCGUACUACCGGUCACAAAUGGUGCUGUUAAUAGCAGUCAAGUUGUGCCCAAAGAAUCCCAAGAAGCUUUGACACCUAAAGAACCUGAGGACAAUGCAAUGAAGAAUAUGCUACCAGGGGACCUUGAUAAAUCUGUUCAAUCUUCAGAAUCUACUCCUGCUUAUCCGUCUCAUGAAUCUUUUGCUCCCAGUGACGACCAGCCUGCUACUCCCAUUCUUGUUGAAGCUGAUAACGAAACCUGCAGAGGACAUCUUGGUGCAGACGAGUCUACUGAUAUUGAGGGCAGUUGUGACUCAGCUGCAGCUUGUGAAGCUGCUCCAGGUCAUGCUACAACAGAACUGGAUGAGAAAUGUGAUUCUUUAAAUAAUUUGGAGCCUCCACCUUCAAGCAUUCAGGAAUGUGAACCAAUAUACCAAGGUGAAGAGCACAUACUUGGCACCACAAAUGUGGCAUAUGAAAAUCAAGAGCCAGUGUAUGAGGGGGAGGUGGUUCUUGCUGAGCAGGCUGAUAAGACUGGGGAAACUAGCCAUUGCUUAGAAGACAAGGCCACAGAAUAUCAAUGGGAACUGAUCGAUAAUUUUCUACGGACUACUGCUAACCAGCUAACUGUCUAUGGUCUCUUCUGUUUACAAGAGGGACUUAACGAAAGAGAGCUUUGUGUAUUCUUCCGUAAUAAUCACUUCAACACUAUGUUCAAGUACAACGGGAGUCUAUAUCUCCUAGCAACCGAUCAAGGUUUUAUAAGCCAAACUGAUUUGGUGUGGCAAAAGUUGGAUGAGGUGAAUGGUGAUGGAGUUUUUCUUACUAGCAACUUCACACCAUUUAAGGCUGAAACUCCAAGAAACGAUUCAUGGAAUGAGCAGCAAGCUAUGACGAGUACUGCUGAUUAUAUCGCUCAAUUUGAUAACACUUCUGGAAACUCUGAUCUGGAGCUAGCUAUAGCACUUCAGCAGCAGGAGUUUGAGCGGCAACCUCAAAGGUUUCAACCUCCACCACCACAGCAACAGCAGCAGCAGCAGCAGCAACCACAGAUACAGCACCAACCAACUCAAUCUGGCCGACCAGGACUUGUUGUUGGUCCAAGGCAGAGGUCCAACGCCCCACCUCCAGCGAGAAGUGAGUCGAAGAAAGAGAAGUGCAUUGUGAUGUAAAAAAUAUCUUCAACAGAAGGUUAAAAGAAAACGAAGAGAUAAGGGACGCAUUUUAUACUGUAAAGAAUUGGUUUCUUUUGCAGAGGCAGCGUCUGUUUUUCGCCACCUUGAGGCUUUCCCGUUCUAAACUUCUUUGGUUUUUCAUUGUUCGUCUCUGGUGUAUGUACAUAACAUCAACGAAUAAAGUGUAGAAACAGAUGCUGUCAAAAUGAUAGCCUAGUGCAACUUGAUUUGAUUCA